AUGAUUCAGCUUGAGGAACGGGACAUACCUGUAAUACCAGGAGAUAAACUUGACGAUGAAGAUGCUCAGGAACUACGUCUUAUGGUUGCUGAGCUUUUGGGAAGACGGAGCACAUCAUUUCCCGGCUCACAACCAGUCUCAUUUGAACGAAGGCAUUUAGAAGAAACCUUAAUGCAAAAAGACUACUUUGUAUGUGAAAAAUCAGAUGGAUUGAGGUGUCUUUUAUUUAUAGUGAAUGACCCAGAAAAGGGAGAAGGUGUGUUUUUGAUAACUCGUUCCAAUGAUUACUACUAUAUCCCCAAUAUCCAUUUCCCACUUUCCGUCAAAGAAACACCAGAAAACAGGACUUAUCAUCAUGGUACACUUUUAGAUGGCGAAUUGGUCUUGGAGAAUAAGAAUGUGAGUGAACCUGUACUUCGAUACUGUAUUUUCGACGCAUUGGCAGUGAAUGGGAAAUGCAUAAUCGACCGACAAUUGCCAAAACGGUUGGGGUAUAUAACAGAGAACGUCAUGAAACCGUUUGAUCACUUCAAAAUCAUGCACCCUGAGGUUAUCAAUUCACCUGAAUUUCCUUUCAAAGUGGGGUUCAAGUCUAUGUUGACGUCCUAUCAUGCAGAUGACGUUUUGAGUAAGAUGGACCAGUUGUUUCAUUCGUCCGAUGGCUUGAUUUAUACCUGUGCAGAAACUCCAUAUGUAUUUGGCACGGAUCUGACGUUACUAAAGUGGAAGCCUGCAGAGGAAAACACUGUUGAUUUUCAGCUUGAGUUUGUGUUUAAUCUGUUCCAAGACCCUGAUAUGGAUGAAAGAGAUCCAUCGUCUACUUACACCGAUUAUGAUUCGAAGCCUGAGUUGAUAAAGUUGCGUGUAUGGCAAGGUUCAAACGUGCAUACAGAUUUCACUCGGUUGGACUUAUCCGAUGAGGAUUGGGAACGUUUAAAGGCUCUAGAGGAGCCGCUACAGGGCCGUAUUGCGGAAUGUCGUCAGUCACUAAAGAAAAAGGGUUACUGGGAAAUGUUACGAUUCAGAAAUGACAAGAAUACAGGCAAUCACAUUAGCGUUGUUGAGAAAAUCUUGCUAAGUAUCAAGGACGGGGUAAAGGAAAAAGAAGUUGUUGAUAGUUGCAGGAAGAUUGCGCUGGCGUGGAAACACAGAGAACAGGAACGUAGACGCAGACAUUCAAAUGGCGGGCCAGCACCAUCCCAUCACCAUAAUCAACAACAACAACAUCAACACCACCAACAACAACACAACCACGAUCACAAUCACAAUCACACAACACAUGAUGAACCCCCAGCAAAGAGAGCCAGGCUAGAUUCCACGAAAGCGGAACUGCAGCCACUACAGUCUCAAGAUCAACUAGAGGAUAUUCCAACCUACGAAGACAGCGACGACGAGUAA